GUUUAACUAUGGUUAUUGAAAACAAUGGCUUACAAAACCAUGGUUAUUUUGUGGUAACCAUGAUUUUACUACAGUAACCAUGUAACAAUUUUUGUUUUAACCCUGCUGAAAAAUCCAGCUAAGACCAGCAUAAGCUGAUAGCUGGUUUAAGGUGCCAAGAACUGGUUUAACCUGGUCCUCCCAGCCCGACAAGCUAAGUCCAGCUUAAAAGUGACCAAACACAGCUAGACCAGCUUGCUACACCAGCAAAAGCCAAGCAGGGAGACCAGCUAAAACCACUUUACCGGCUUAUGCUGGUCUUAGCUGGAUUUUUCAGUGGUUAAUUUUCAUAAUACAUCAAUGGAGUGUAUUACAAAAACUUUUUAUUUUGAAAAAGCUCAACCAAACAGCAUUUAUUAGUCAUUUAUCAAUGCAAAAAGUUGUUUCUGAUAAGCUACAGAGAAAAAAAUGAUAUAAUGAAAAAAUAUACAUUGAAUAUUAACUGUAGAGUAAUAGUCUUAAAUAUAAAAAACAAAUAUUAAAACAUAUUUUUAGUGUAACUAAGUUUAAAAUAUAAGGUGUUUAUUUUCAAGUAAAAAUAUAAAACAACAACAACAGAACAUCUUUACAUACAUAAGUAUAAAAUGUAAACAACAAAACAUAACGUAAUUAAUGCAAAGCAGAUUAAACUAAGUUAUAAAUCGUAAUUAUUUUUAAUGUGGUGUGGAUAUUUAUCGUUACUUAUUUACACUCAUUGUUUUGCUUAUAUUUUCUUUAAUAAUAAUCUUGGAAAAAAAUGUAUCGUUACUUAUUACGUCAGCAGAAAGUGACACGCCCACCACCUCACGUAAGUUCUGGAGUUGUCUGUUACCAACUGAACUGGUCGCGUGGCUGCAAAAAGUUUAAAUCAAGAUGGCAGAUGUCGUUCACAUGAUUGACACCGAGGUCUUCCUGGCCUUCUCUACUUAUGCAACCAUAGUCAUCCUCAAAAUGAUGCUGAUGAGCCCCAUAACGUCUUACUUUCGCUUAACAAAAAAGGUCUUUGCAAACUUGGAGGACACCGGCUUGGUCAAAAUCACAGAAGACAGGAAGAAGUUUGUCAGGGUGGAUCCAGAUGUGGAACGAGUGCGACGAUGUCAUCAAAACGACCUGGAGAACAUCGUUCCCUUCGUGGUAAUCGGUCUUCUGUAUGCUCUCACGGGUCCGGAUCUCUCCUCGGCUCUGUUGCACUUUAGGGUGUUUGUGGGUUCACGGUUUAUCCACACGGUGGCUUACCUGAUGUCUCUUCCCCAGCCCAGUAGAGCUCUGGCGUGGAUUGUGGGAUUGUUCACAACCUUCUCCAUGGCCCACAGGGUCCUCACUACUGCACUUUUCCUUUGAUAGCUAGCAAUCGGAAACGUUUAGGGCAGUACACGACUUGAAUGGCAUGCGUGUGUGUUUUAGGAAGCCAAUUACAAUGCUGCAUGUGUGUCAUUUGUUAAGUUUUUUUUAGGCCUUUAGGAAACUCUUUGGUUCUACUUCAAAUGUUUACUUAGGAAAAUAAUGGUUGUGAUGUGACCUUCUGUUAUGCUGAGGUGAUUACAAAUUGACAUCAUAUCUUGUGAAGAAGUUUUUAAGAUUAAAUAAAGUUUAAACAGUUCUGACAGCUGAUUGUAAA